AAGGACUUUGUGUUUGAAGAUCGAGAGGCACAAAGAGUGGAUUUACGACAAAGAAACGCCAGCUCUCCGACUGGAAUCUUUCGCUGUACUAUUGAUGUCAGAGUUGAGGGAGAAGAAGAUCCAGUGAAAAAAUCUGUUUAUGUGGGACUCUACAGUAAUGGCAGUGGAAAUGUAACAAUCGUGGGAGACAUUUCACUGGCUGUGAUCUCUGAUCUCAAUGGACCAAGUCCUCAGUUCUCCCUCACCUGCAACUCCACUGGUGGACCUGUUACCACUGUCACUUGGACAAGAGACGACGUCAGCUUUACGAGAGGAACUGAAACUGUGUUGAUCGACCCAGUAACGGCUCAGUACACCCACACCCUGACAGUCUCUGGGAUACCUGAAGGACUCUACACGUGCACCGUCUCCAACAGCAAACCAUCACAGGAUUCGGCACAAUUUAGCAUAGAAGGCUUGUCAGGUGUUCCUAAGGAAUUUGAGGCGGAGGCAGGCCAGAGACAAGUUGUCUUUACCUGGUCUCCACCACCUGCCACCCAGUACAGUGGGCGCAUCACCAACUACACCCUCUCCUGCUCCUCCUCCCCCUCCUCUCUCCCCCAGUCCCCCUCCUCCCAGUCUGGGAGCCUCACUGUCACUGGCUUCUCUCCCAACACUCCCUACUCAUGUUCUCUGACUGCCAACAACAAUCGAGGGACUGGGUCACCAGCAAUGACGUCAUUCACCACACUAGAAGACUAUGUAUUAUUUCAGCUCCAUUUCACUGGGAUUCCCAGCAACUGCAAAGGUUUUGUGGAAACUAAUGGACCCGAGAAGUUGGACAACAUUACCAGCGCAGUGCUAAAUGUAUUGAGUGGAUCUUGUGCCAACUGUGCAAUAGACGAGGAGUACUUUGCCUGCGACUCAGAGUCCCCCACGUAUGUGACAUAUCGAGCCAGACUGGAGGGAACCUCAGAGACAGACAGUGGCUCCCUCAUACCUCUGAUAGAGGCCUGGGCCAGAACUGGACCCAACAUCACUGCUGGUGGACUACUGACUGUCAACUCACAAUGUCCAGUCUCCAUCUCAUCUCUCACCAACCCUGAAGAAGGACUGUGUGAAUCUCCUCCCACCACAGCCCCUGACGAGCAAAUCCUCUCCAUACAGAAUAUCGCCAUAAUUGCAGGGGUCGGGGGAGGAAUCCUCCUCAUUUUUGUCGUCUUUCUUGUGAUUGGAUUGAGACUCUGUUGCAAGUACUCCUGUAGGCCAAAACCCUCUGAAGAGAAAGCACUGGAGGGACUAUCAGGAGUGUAUAUCAUCCACGACAAGGAAAAGGACAAGUUUGAAGAAGCGGAGGAGGAGGAGGAUUUUGAGAAGGAGAAGGUGGACGUGGAUGAGUAACGCCCGCCUCCAGCAAAGCUCGAGCUGCAGGAGGUGAACGAGGGAGGGGACACGCAGGACACAGACGACAAAGAGUCAGUGAAUGAAGAGGGCUGCUGAGGGAGCCAACGGAUGCUCAAUCAACACAUUGACUUCACUUGGCCACGUGUCUGCAAACAGCACUCACACAAACAAUAGUUGAACUCGGCUCUAUACAUAGAUCACAAGCUAUAUAUAGACAUGUUUUCCUCCAUUUUUAUAGUGAUCUCAGUCUGUAUUCAACAGCAUUUUUACACUCAA